AUGCCCCGUUUCUCGCUGAGCAGAGACAAGAACAAGUCCAGGCACAACAUCAACUGGUUUCCGGAGUCGCAGCACCCGGCCCCUCAACCCGCUGCUGCACCGGCCGCGCAACCUCGACCACAGAACGCGAGCCGCAGCACCACUGCUACCGACCGAUUCAGCUGGGGCUACAGCGGUGAUCGGCGCUCUAUUGCAGGCAUCCCGGGCGGUGAGCAGGGUCUCGGGGUCAACUACGAGCAAUCGGAGGACUACGACCAACCAUCGCCGCUGCUGUCGGGAGGACUGUCACGCUCACAGACAGUGCUGAGAAGAGAAGUUGUGCGUGGGGCCAGAAACAUCGACCCCUCCUACGAUUCCGGCUCGCCUUCGCCAGUCUGGUCGCCCGACUUCUCCCAGCUGCCCACACCCAGUGAGCAGCACGAAGCCUACCUUGGAGAGGUCUCCAUGAGCAACGGGCAGCAUCCCACUAGCGCUGGCAAGACGUCGUCCGACUCAGGACAAGGCAACUCCGCGCUGGAUCGCUGGUCGCAGCGCCGGCUGCAGCGCCUGAACACCGAGCAGGGCUUUCGAGAACAGCGACAGGGCGGCGUGCAGGUCUUAAGCCCCCCGCUGGGCGGUGAUCAGCAGCCCAACUAUACUUCUGGCGGCGCUGCUUCGUAUCCGCCAGCUCAGCCACAGCCACCCUUGCACCAACAACCUCAGCCGCAUCCUGCGCAACAAGCGCCGUAUCAAAGCGCGCGCACGGCCCAGCAAGAGCACCCAAAUGCAGGUCUUGCUAUACAGACACAACCACAGAGCUAUCAGCAGCAGCAACAUUCCCCACCCGACGUCACCUCGCAGACAGACUCCAUAGCCGCGUCCCGACCCUCGAUAGCACAGAGCAGAAGCUACAAUCAGCAAGGCGACGACCCGUCCAUGUCGUCCAACAAUGGCAGCUUGCCGACGCCGAGGCCCGCAAAAUCUGCCAACAACAGACAGAGUGUACACAAUGGGUUGAAUACACGUGAUACGCAGCAGCAAGGUGGAGCGGCGUACAACACCAAUGUCGCGCCGCCCACGAGCGGACAAGCUUUCAAAGGUAAUCAUCAAGCUCAGCAACAAGGAGACAUCGGAAGAGUGACACCGCAGCCAGCACAACUAGGGGAGGAUAUGACCGAAGAGGAUGUGGCACAGCUUAUUAAAGAUCACAAGGAGCUUCGCGAGAAGUACACGAAAGUAAAGAAGUACUACUUCGAGAAAGAAGACCAGGUCAAGCAACUGCAGAACAGCCUGGCACACCAGCGCCUAUCCCAAUCACGAACAUCACUAGACGACAGCGAGUACACCACGCGAUUCAACCGCCUCGAUGGACUGAUUGCUCAGCUAGCGUUCAGCAUCAGGAAGAGCUGGAAGUCGCUCCCAGAUUGGCUACACAAGUCGGUGAACAAAGAUGCCGUGCUUACUGGUAAGCAAGAGAUGACGGCAGCCGGGCGUGCUGUCAUUUCGAGAUGGCUGGUUGAAGACUGCUUCGACCGAUACUUCCAUCCUGACCUUGACAUUGCACUUUCUACACAGCUGAAGGCGGUACAGCUCAACAUCAGACGGUUCGCGCCACCAGCACAGACGGUUGAGGAGGAUGAGUUCCUGACAUCCAAAGUCGUAAACUGGAGAUUGGCAACGCUGGAAGGCUUGCAAGAUGCAUUGCGAUCACAACAAUGUGCAGCGAACCGAGCAAAAUUUACAGACAUGCUCAAGGACCAGCUGAUUGGUGCAAUAUCUCUACACUUGCAAGACCCACCACCAUCAGAUCUGGAGGGUGGAGUGCACAUGAUCAUCGAGUUGGUCGUCAGCAUUGCCAUCCACUUACCAGUGGAAAGCAGAGACGUGGCGAUCGAGUACUUCAAGCCGGGUUACAGCAUCUUGCAAGACCAAAUGAAGCUCGAGACCGGCAUCCCCGCACUAGCAACGUCAUUGUACGACGAGAAUACCGAGCGAGCAUCGAUCCGUAGCGCCUCGAGCGAGGUGACGGACAUCACAGAAAGCAGUAAUAACCCCGGCGAUCAACCACGCAAAAGGAGCAUGCUGAGUGCUUUGACAGGAACGGGCAAGACCAAGAGUGCCGCGCAGGGUAAACACUCUGGUGCUGGUGGGAGCUCGAGCAGUCUCAAUCGACCUGAGAGUUCGCAGGGUAUAAAGGAGGAUUUACCACCGAGGGUGCGCAUGGCGGCUGGUAUUGGUGUUGCGAUUCGUGGACGGUCGGUGCUCAACAAGGCGCCUGUUUUCUCGACAUGA